UUUUGUGCAAGGGAAAAAGAACACUUAAACAAGCAAUCUAAUGCCCUUAUAUUUUUUUUUUGUGCAAGGGAAAAAGAACACUUCCCUCCCAUUCCCAUCUUCCAAAACCCUAGCCCCAGCUUCCAUCGAAAUCCCGACCUCAAUCCAAUGCUUACCCUGUUCUGCGAAUUUUCGCAGUAGAUAGAACACGAAUCCACCCCCUGCGCUUCGGAGUAGAAGCGAUGUCAGUCGCCACUGCCGCUAUCUCGGCUCAAAAUUCAUCAACAGUUCCUCAUCCGGACCGGCUUUACCCCCUGCCCAUUCGGAGGAAUCCCGUAAAAAUCCUUCCUUUCUCCAAUUUUUCCCCUUCUCCAGCUCUUUUGUCGCAGGCGAGGUGGUUUGUGUUCACCCAGAGGAGAGCCGUCCCCUGCUGGAAGGCGUCUCGGUGGCAAACUGGUGUCUGGUUAUCAGGUGAGAGCGUUGAUGAGAGUCCACAGAGAGAUGUGCCGGGCCAGUUGAGCUUGAAUAAACUCCUUUCAGUUGCUGAAGUGCUCUGCAUUGUCCCGCCUGCCAUCUAUUCGAUCGGUUGUCUCGUUGGUUCGGUGCUCCCAGGAGUGGCCAAACCAUUUCAGGUGUCAUUGGGGAACAGGUUUUUUGUCUGUCAGUAUUUUCUCUUGGUUAGUGCCUUGGUGAUUGGAAGUUUGAUACGCUGGAGACAGUGGCAGAGGCUGUAUAGGGUGAAUGAGAAUGGGGUGAAUGCUGAUUUGGUGCGAAGAGUCGAGAAGGUGGAGCAGGACCUACAGAGCUCAGUGACGAUGGUUCGGGUGCUCUCAAGGCAGCUUGAGAAGCUUGGGAUUCGGUUAAGAGUCACAAGGAAGGCCUUGAAGGAGCCAAUUAAUGAAACUGCUGCUUUGGCACAGAAGAACUCUGAGGCUACCCGAGCACUUGCAUUGCAAGAAGACAUUCUUGAAAGGGAGCUUGGUGAAAUCCAGAAGGUCUUGUUGGCAAUGCAGGAACAACAACAAAAGCAGCUUGAGUUGAUCCUUGCAAUUGGGAAAACCGGGAGACUAUUAGAUAGUAAGCGGGGCUCUGUAUCGGAGCAAGACGGCAUCGGAACAAGAAAUUCGGUUCCAGAGAAGGAAGAAGCAAAAGAGCUGGAAUUUCAGGCAUGCAGUUAUGGAGGAAACAAUGACAAAGCCUAGUUUAACUACUCAGCUUGUACCUUUUCCUCUCCAAAGACCUCAAGAAGCCAUUUCUGUUUGAUGUAACAUUGAAAGCAGUGCAUCGGUGUUGUUAUAAAGAAAUAAGGAUGUAAACACGGUUCCAAUUUGAUCUAAAUUGCAAGAAUCAUGACUGAAGAUAGUAUUUUGAGGGGAAAAAAAAUGAUGCUAAGAACAUUGGAAGGCUCCAAGCUGGAAUAAGCUAUUCAAACAAUAUGCAAUAUUCACUCUUAACUUUUGCUACCUCUGAGCUGGAAUGAGCAUCCAUGGAACGAGGUAUCCAGAUUACCGAUGUGGAUGCAUAUGGCGAGCAUAGUUACUAGUCUCAAGACUAUCUGACCAAUUUAUUUUUGGUAAAUCUCUCUUGGCAAGAGAACGAGGUGACUUUUCGGAGGAUAAGAUUGAGUUUUUGUUCUAAAAUGGAAUAUUCUUGGCUUUGAUUUUAACCAGCUCCAUUCCCAAAUCAUCUAAUACGGUGAGCUGCCAUUAUUCCUCAUGAUAAAAGCUUUUGGAUCAGCUAUUGCAUGUUGUAAAACUGAUACUCCAGUAAUUUUUGGACAAUCUAUUGGCAGUCUUUUUGCAUAA